AUGAAUAAGUUUUUUUACAACACGCUAAGUUCUUCGCUGUUUCAGAACUUCAAAUUUAAGAGCUCCUUUUUGAGUUCGGGAUAUUUUGCGGCCAAUCGAAGUAUCUCGACCAGAAUUGGAGGCAGCUCUUUUUGCAGCGAACUUAAUAAACCAAACAACUUCGUGAAGUACUAUCACACGUCUCCGUUCAUCAGCAGGACCGUUAAUACUACCAACUGCAAUGCACUUCUGCAGAAGAAUGACGAACGAAGCUGUGUCAACCAGAAACUAGGCGUUAGACAUGACAGUGGAAUCGCCAGUCUGUCCGCAGCCAUUGCGCUGAUGUCCGUAGGAGGGGUUGCGCAAGGUAUCGGUAAUUUAUUUUCAGCCUUGGUGUUAGGAACGAGUAGAAACCCUUCAAUCAAGGACGAGUUGUUCACGUACACACUGAUCGGGAUGGGAUUCUUGGAAUUUCUGGGUAUCAUUUGUGUCCUGAUGAGUGCUGUUCUGUUGUAUUCAUGA